CUUCACGAAACCAAAAGCCACUUUUUUUGUACGUCCGAUCUAGAUUGCUCAUUUUCUAUCCAGAUCUCAUCUCUAGUUUUGAGGAUAAAAUAUGGCUUUGAUCUGCUUUAGGUCUCCGGUGUCUUCCCCGAAGAAAGCUUCGACUCCAGUUGUAUGCCCGGCUGCUACGCCGUCUUCUUCAUAUGCGACACCUCCCUCCGCAACUCCUCCUACUCUGUCCCCUCCAGUCACCACAAUCCAGUGAUCACUCCUCCGUCCCUGCUGCUCCCACCAACUCUCACCCAAAAAUCCACCCACCGGUGUAGCUUCUCCUACUCUUAGGUUUGCCGCCUCUAUUCCGCCAGAGUCGUAUUUCUGAGCCAACCACAAAACACAUUCACCGCCUGAUCAUAGUGAAGCCUUCUGAUCUACAGCGCCGAACACAGAAGAACUCAAACUGGUCAGUUCAUCAAGUGGUGUUGUACACCAACAACGACUGCGAAAAAUCAUACAUCUAUUUCAACAGUGAUGAAGGUGUGACUUGCCGCCCCUAUUGCUGGAGUUCGCGGCUGCCAUCACCGGACUGCCCCACCACUAACGGAUUGCCUUGUGCAAGAGAAUUAAGAGCAUCUUUAUUUCUGGAAAGGCCAUUUUCUCAUGACUAUUUCUUCCUACUAUAAACAAUACACAAAACAAAACUCACAGUAUAUUGGCUGAUUUAGCGGAAAACUACACUGAACACUUUCUUGCUUUCGUCAAUGGAAAUUCAUAAGUGUUCACCCCAUGACACUGACCUUGCUGAUGCUGAUAUUUCAUUAAAGCUGGAACUUCCAGAAAAUGACAUCUGGUUCAAGAAAAAGAUGAAACUACUUCAGGACAUAGGUUCUAAUCCAUUGGGACUGAUGCCCCUACAAGUCUCUGCUAAUGCUGAUCAGAUAAAAAGCAAUUUGAAUUCGAUGCUUCAACAAGCUAGAAUCAUAAAUCUAGACGAGCUAGAACUUUAUUUUGGUGGAGAUGAAGCCAAUAAUUUUGUUGGUUUCUAUAGUCCAAGGAAUGAACUAAAAGCACUGCAAUCAGUCCUUUCAGCCACUGAUGAGGCACUGCUCAGCAGCAGAAAUGCUAAUGCAACUGUAUUACAAGAGCUACGGAAAGCAACUGUUGAUGUGAUAUCUGAGUGCUCAAAUAGAAUUAGAGAGGACACUAAAAUUUGCUCAGGGUGUAGAAUAGAAAGGGAGAACUCUUUGUUGCAGUGGGGUGAAAGGAAUGGUGUGAUGUCAAAUUUGAGGAUAGCUUGUGUCGAAGGAGCGGGAAGAGGCGCCAUAGCAACUCAAGACCUGAACGUUGGAGACAUUGCACUAGAGGUCCCCAUAUCUGUUAUCAUAUCUGAGAGCAUUGUGCAUGAAUCUGACAUGUAUUCUAUUCUUAAAGGAGUAGAUGGGAUGUCCUCAGAAACAAUGCUGUUAUUGUGGAGCAUGAAGGAGAAGCACAACCACGACUCAAAAUAUAAGUUAUAUUUUGAUACACUGCCUGAGUCAUUCAAGACAGGUUUGAGUUUUGGGGUUGAAGCUCUCAUGACAUUAGAUGGAACCUUACUAUUAGAGGAAAUAGUGCAAGCAAAAGAGCAUUUACGGUUACAAUAUGAUGAGUUGUUCCCGGCACUCAGCAAUGAUCACCCUGGUACAUUUCCUCCAAAGCUUUACACCUGGGAGCAGUUCCUAUGGGCUUGUGAACUUUGGUACUCCAACAGCAUGAAGAUAAUGUUUAGCGAUGGAAAUCUAAGAAUGUGCUUGAUUCCUAUUGCUGGAUUUCUGAAUCAUUCGACGUUUGCACACGUUGUGAACUAUGGAAAAGUUGAUUCUGUGACGAAUACCUUGAGGUUUCCUUUAUCAAGACCAUGCAGCAAAGGAGAACAAUGUUUCUUAAGCUAUGGGAACUUAUCCAGUUCUCAUCUACUUACUUUCUAUGGUUUCUUGCCACGGCUAGAAAAUCCAUAUGAUGUUAUCCCACUAGGUUUUGAGGAGGGGGGAUUUACCCCUGGCUGGACAUCGCACAUGGUGAGGGGUACAUGGUUCUCAAAAAACCAUGGAAUCUUCCACUAUGGAUUGCCAUUUCCUUUAUUAGAUCAUAUGCGUAGAGCUCAGUGUGCUUCAUUAAAAACAAUAGCCCUGACACCUGAAAACUUGGAAAUUGAACUAGAAAUACUUGGAGAUCUUUGCUUGACCUUUGAAGCAAUGAUGGAAUCACUUGGGGAUGCUGAUAUCGAUGAGCAGGUUAACGCAGGGUGGGAUAUAAAGCUUGCGGUUGAAUUUAAAGACCUACAACGAAGAAUUGUUUCAUCCGUUGUAAAAUCAUGCAAAGCUGGUUGUGAGUUGCUAGAAUGCGAACUACAAAAAUGUAUUUCGUAACAUUGAGGUUAAGCUACUGAAUACGAUUUUGCCCCCCCACCCUAAUCCGAGGGACAUCAUGGAGAAUAAGAGUGAUCAAUUAUUUUAGACCAUGAUGAAGCAUGAAUGGAAAAUAAUUUAUUUGAUACAUUUGUUCUGACCUAGUCAGCCAAAGAUCUUUUACUCAGAACUAUUACUUUCUUGCUUGACUUUUGCUGCUCGGAUUCAACUCGCACUUUG